AUGGUGGUACUGAGAAAACGUGGCGUCUUCUACCGGCAGGAGCUGAACAAGACGGUGUGGGAGGUGCCCCAGCGCUACCAGAACCUCACCCCUGUCGGCUCCGGCGCCUACGGCUCGGUCUGCUCAGCUUAUGAUACCAAAACAAGACAGAAGGUGGCAGUAAAAAAGCUUUCAAGACCUUUUCAGUCACUUAUUCAUGCGAGGAGGACCUACCGAGAGCUUAGGUUGCUUAAGCACAUGAAGCAUGAGAACGUUAUAGGAUUGCUAGAUGUCUUUACACCUGCAACAUCAAUAGAAAAUUUUAAUGAAGUGUAUCUUGUGACAAAUUUGAUGGGUGCUGACCUGAAUAACAUUGUGAAGUGCCAGAAGUUAACAGAUGACCAUAUACAGUUUCUCAUCUAUCAGUUACUUAGAGGUCUUAAGUAUAUUCACUCAGCUGGAAUCAUCCACCGGGACCUGAAGCCCAGUAACCUAGCUGUAAAUGAAGACUGUGAACUGAGGAUUUUAGACUUUGGUUUGGCUCGACAAACUGAUGAUGAAAUGACAGGAUAUGUUGCAACAAGAUGGUACAGAGCUCCAGAAAUUAUGUUGAACUGGAUGCAUUACAAUCAAACAGUUGACAUCUGGUCAGUUGGAUGCAUCAUGGCAGAGCUAUUGAAAGGGAAGGCCCUAUUUCCAGGAAAUGAUUAUAUCGAUCAACUAAAGAGAAUAAUGGAAGUUGUGGGAACACCCAGUUCUGAACUUCUGAAGAAAAUAUCAUCAGAACAUGCGAGAAAAUACAUUGAAUCUCUUCCACAUAUGCCUCAACAGGAUUUGAAAGCAGUAUUUCGUGGUGCCAGUCCAUUAGCUGUAGAUCUUCUUGAGAAGAUGCUUAUAUUAGACAGUGAUAAAAGAAUUACUGCCUCAGAAGCACUUGCACAUCCAUACUUUGUACAGUAUCACGAUCCAGAUGAUGAACCUGAGGCCGAGCUCUACGAUGAGUCAAUAGAGAAUAAGGAGCGAACCAUAGAUGAAUGGAAAGAACUUACUUAUGAAGAAGUGAUUAGCUUUAAACCCCCUGACUUAAAAAUGGAUAGCCUGGAGAUAGAACAGUGA